CCGCGAUGGCUCAACGGCCGCCCAGAGGGCGGCCGCGCGACCGCGGCGGGGAGAUGGCCGCUAGCGCCGCAACUCGCCUCUCCUCGCUGGUCGCCGCCCCUCCUGGUCCUAGUCCUCGCUGAUCGCUCGGCCCUGGCGGAGGUGGCCUGCGCCGUGGGCGCCGACGAGGACGCGUCGCUCCUGCAGCACCCGCGCGUCCUCGCCGUCGGGCGCCACCGAGGGGCGGCCCAGGGGAAGAACGCCACCUGCUUCAUCUCGAUGUGCGGGUGCCCAGCGGACGGAGCCAUGACGGUCUUCGGGCGUUGCGUGGACUGGCAGUGCACCUACGAGCGCGGCGCGAUCCCCAACGCGUGGUGCAACCAGGCGGAUGGGCAGUGCGGGCGCUGCAACGGCGUCUGGUGCGGCUCCGCGGGUGCCGCUCAGGACUAG